AUGAGGAAGCCAUGUUGCAAUGGAAGAAAUCUAGGUGGUUGGACAAUGCAAGAAGAUAAAAAACUCAUUGAUUAUAAUAUCAAACUUCAUGGUGAAGAUUCUUGGAGUUCUAUCUCCAAAGCUACGAUUGGUUUAGGCCCUCAUGGAAGUAGCUAUAGACAAAGAUGGACAAAUUAUCUAAGGCCAAAAAUUAAAGUAGGGAACUUCGCUCAAGAUGAGGAGGAUCUUAUUAUCAAGCUCCAUGCACUUCUUGGCAAUAGGUGGUCAUUGAUAGCUGGAAGAUUACCAGGAAGAACAGACAAUGAAGUGAAAAACUAUUGGAAUCAUCAUUUGAAGAAGAAAUUGAUUCACAUGGGAAUUGAUCCUAACAACCAUAAACUCAUUCAUCAUCUUCCCCAAUUACAAACUAAUUUAUCAAACUUUAAAGUUUUUGCCUUUGUUAGAUCUUUUGAUCAAUCAAAGAAUAACAAUGCAUGUUGUAGUAAGAAACCAUUAAAAUCUCAUAAAAGUAAUGCUAAUAAUAUUAUAAAUGGUUUGAAAGAAGAUAAUAAUAUUACUUCUAAGAUUGAAGAGACAUCACCCAUUUUGGAUUUGAACCUUAAACUCACCAUAUGA